AUGCAAUUCUCUACUGUCGCCUCUUUCGUUGUCGUUUCCGGUGCCGUUGCGUUGGCCCAAACCACCACCGCUGCUGCCGUGUCCCAAAUCGGUGACGGUCAAAUUCAAGCUACUUCUGCCACCUCUGUUGCUACCUCUGCUGCCUCCAGCACCGGUAACGCUACUAUUAUCACCCAAACCGCUAACGGCGCUGCCAACUAUGGCUCCGGUGCCGCUGCUAUGGCUGGUUUGGUCGCUGCCGGUGCCAUGCUCAUUUAA